GUUGAGAAAUUAAUCUUGAGUUUAUGUGUAGGAGGGAGGUGCAGUUUCCAGUGGCAAAGAACUCUGGCACCGGUAUCUCAUAAAACAUUAAGCGUAUUAUGACAGGUGUUGGUACGUUUGGUUGGUUUUGUUAGUGUUUAAUUUGGUACGGUCAUCUCGUUAGUUUAUAAAUAGGCUGACAGAGGUAAACUAAAAAUAGAAAGUUCUAGUUGCGCUUUAGUUAAAUAUAAUAUUUUGUUUGUUGGACUAAUAUUUCUUCUUUGUGUAUAUAAAUAUUAACAUUUGAAAUACAAAACUAAGUGUUGACUGACAUACUGUUGAUAACACAUGGUAAAAUACUAAAAUAUACAAUAAAAUUUAUGUUGUGUUACUCUGUUUUAGGACAAUAGUGAUUUUAUAAAGUCUAAAUGCCAGCUACAAAAUCUGUGUCUUUGCGCUUAGUUUUAUUUACAUUUUGUAAUUGUACUAAUUAGUAAUUACUGUUAAGUCGGUAAUAUACCUAGUAGUAAUUAUUGUUAAUUUACCUUUUUUGUUUCUCACAGAUCUGUACCUGAUAUAUUUAAACUGUCAAUUGUUAUUUUACUUUUUUCAUCAUAAAGAUACGUGAAUCUCUUUAAUAAGCUCAUUUCUUGCCCCCUCCCCUAUAAUGAAGUUAUGAAUAUGAUGCCACCGAUAUUAUCCACUGUAUUGUGAUGUUGGUUGUCCCCGAUUCACCACAAAUAGUUGAUAUAAUGCCCACAAGAACAACUAGCAACGAAAACUUUGUUUCCAAUGUGAAUGGAAACUUACCUAAACAUGAAGACACCUUAGGUGUCAAUGAAGAAAUUCAAGAAUCUAACCGCAAUGGCGAAACUAAUAAAGAGUUAUCUCGGUAUGAUCAGUUGUUGCAGCAAGUAGAAUGCCUUAAGCUUGAAAACACAACUUUAAAGAAGGAAUUAUCCAACAACUCUUCUCAAAUUAGCAAACUGGAAUCUGAGGCAUUAAAUCUAAAGGAAAUGGUGGUGAUGCUAGGCAACUCCAUUAAGCCACCAACUGAAGCAUCAGAACCCAAUGAUCCCCGUGCUACUGGUUUUGUAAAUCCUCCAAACCGACCUACAGCACUCUUCCCACCCCAUGUGUACUCGCCGGAUAUGUAUUACCGUUACCCCAUGCCUAACCAUCAUAUGUUGGAUGUUGGACACACCCCUCUCAGUCCUUCUCCAUCAUCAACUAUUGCUGUUGAGAUUAGGAGACAUUUAAGCAACCUGCAUCUGCAGAGGACAGCACUUCUGGAAUCACUGAAGCGUGAAGAGCUGGCAAAGGAUGGUUAUAUGAGGCAACUGAAUGAUCUCAGUGAACAGUUAAAAAUAAUGCAUGAUACUGAUAAACCAUUUUCCCCCACAAGCGAGAAGACCCGUCUUCAGCUGGAGGCAGGGAUCAGAGAGAUCCAGGAUCAAAUGGAGAAGAAUCUCGGGAGUCCAGAGAUGAUGUCACAUCGAGUGCAGGAGUGGUGUAUGCAAAUUGAUCGAAUUGAACUUGAAAUAAAGAAGUUACACAACCAUCUUAUGUUGUUGGAUCGACCAAUCAGAUCUCCCCUUACAGCUGGAGAAUCAAUGCUGCAUUACAGAAGGAUAAAACAUGACACAUCCUCACAAACGGUCCAAGUUAAUUGUACUUUUGACACGUUAAAUGAUGAUCAGUUGUCCAAUGAUCAUCCAGUUGUAACCGAAAAUCGCCUUCAACAGUCAAGAUGCACUCAGACCCUAAAAACAGUUCGUUCCUCGUUGAAUGGAUGUCUCGGAUCAGUUUCUUCGCUUUCCGACCACUUGGUGGGAGCAGGGAGCAGCGAUCUUCUGUCAGUGCAACACCCUGUUGCUAAUGACGACACGGCUAGCAUGUACAGUUUUACUUCUUCGUUACCACGACAACUUGCUGGCAACGUGUCAGGGUCUAAGACUGGUGAAGUUUGCUCUCUACUUGGCUCGCACGACCGACACGACAUGAGUUGCACCUUCCAACGUCUCAGCCAAUCAGAGGAUAGCUGUAUCGUGAUGAGGCAAGAUGGUUAUCUUCCCUCCAUGCUCCGUCUUCUUCAUGAUGGAUCAAUUCUUCCAGGAGGAGCUAACCCAACUCCGGAGGAGGUGAAGCUGAGACUUGAGAUCAGAUCUAAAACAUCCCAAGCACUAACUAAUAUAGUGAGUUCCAACACGGACGGUGAUCAGAAACGGAUCGAAUCUCACGUUCUUCGUCACCUGGAGAUGAUCCGACGCGUCAGCGAAGAUCUGUUCGAGAGUCUCGUCGAAAAAAAUCAUACAGGAGCGUCUUCAGAAAGUGCUGAGUCACCCACUAGACACCCAGUGGCUGAAACAUUAAAAAACGCCGAGUCAAUCAUUCAUUCGUUGAGAGAAAUUAUGGAGCUGGUCAAUUAUAAAGUGCAGAGAUUAGCAAUCAACGAGCUUGGAGGACUAUUCUGCGUUGCUGAGAUUUUGAUUCUUCAUUGCUCCUCCAAGCAUGAUGAGGAGGCACAGGAAGAGACUGGAUCACGUCUCCGUCAAUAUUCAGGACGCAUCCUCACUAAUCUAACGUAUGCUGACAACUUGAACAAGGUUCUUCUCAUGAAUAUGCGGGGAUUGCUUGAAACUGUGCGAGACCAACUUCAACAUGAAUCCGAAGAAAUUCAACAAGCCAUGGCCAGUAUAUUGCGCAAUCUAUCUUGGCAAGCCGAUAAGGAAGGUCGUGACCUGCUGAGGCAGAAAGGCGUGGUUCGAACUUUAACUGAGUGUGUGAUAUGCGCAAAAGGAGAAGGAACGCUCAAAGCAAUGCUUAGUGCUCUAUGGAAUCUAUCAGGACACUGUCCCGCUAAUAGAGAGGAUAUUUGCUCUGUAGAGGGCUCAUUAGCUUUCCUGGUAUCUACUCUAACCUAUCGUAGCCCUUCCAAAUCCGCAAUGGUCAUUGAGAGCGGUGGGGGAAUACUUAGAAACAUUUCAAGCAUUGUAGCAACCAAUGAGACUUUCAGACAGAUUUUGCGAGAACACAACUGCCUACAAACCCUCCUCCAACAGCUUACCUCAGCUAGUUUAACCAUUGUAAGCAAUGCUUGUGGAACACUGUGGAAUCUUUCUGCUAGAGAUGAGACGGACCAGCAGACACUGCGUGAACUUGGUGCAGUGAAUAAACUACAAAAGUUGAUUCACUCCAAGCAUACAGUGAUAGCUCAAGGAAGUGCUGCAGCUUUGAGAAACUUGCUUGCUAAUCGUGGGGAUCGGCUGAACACAGUGUUUCAAAAUGAAACCAAAGGAGAUAUGCCUACACUACAAACUCGCAAACUUCGCCAGCUUGAAGCAGACAUUCAACUUGCAUCAAAAAAUGCCCCAGAAAUAUCUGAAAAUUUCUCCCCUCGUCACCACGCGCAUAUAACCACCAACCAAAACUCAAUGGCUCGCCUCAGUCUGCAGGAACCUGGGUUUGUGCAAAAGUCUGGAGUAAACUCCCAUCUAUCACCUGGCAUUCAUUACUCCGGAAGUCUCGGCAAUCUUCCUCAGCAAACCUAUUCCCCGUCUCCAGGUCUUCCAUUCAGAGCAUGGGAGGACUCAGGGAGCAAAAACAUGCUUCGAGCUCCUACUUCUAACUCCGGGGUCUUCCAGAACCAUCCACUUUCAAGUCAUCUUCAGUUUAACAACAAUAUAUCGAGAGCGACAUCUUUUGCGGACCAGAAUCAAAAUCCUUUCAGUAACUCAUUACCAUCGUCCAGGACUAAAUCUGGUAAUUUAUACGGAAAGUUACCACAAUGUGAUUUCAAAGCAGCAAAGACAUGGGGACAUUACCACAGUGUUAACAACAACAGCAACAACACUGAGUUGUGGAACCCGAACCAGAGCGGUAAUGGAAACCCUGAGAAAAUGUUGAGCCCUUCCAGGAUGCCUGAUGAUUUAGAAGAGAAGUUGAGACAUAUGAACGAUGAUUAUGGAAUGGAUCAAGAUGAUCUUCCGGUUAAUUAUAGUCUUCAAUUUACUGAUGAGCAGAGUCAAACCCCAGGAAUUCAGAGUCCAAGAACGGAAGAAAUUUACGAGAAAUCUGCCACGAGAAUGCCCAAAAAGUCCUCUGCUAUUGCUACUAAACCUGAGGUCCCAGGGAAAAGUAUGGGCAAUGCAGUUGUUGGCAAUAAAGCUUUGAAAAUUGCACCAAGGAGACAUAAACCUCCUGCUAAAGUCGAUUUCUCUGUGGAACAGCGAAUUCUCUACGCUGAUGAAGAGAGUUUUGAUGCAGAAGAGACACCCACCAACUUUGGUGCAAUUUAUAGAGAAGAGCAAGAGGACCCUCUCUUCCGUGAUGCUGGUGAUGAAAAUGCAAUCAACCAGGAUCAACCUAAGGAAUACAAAGUGGAAGACACUCCAGCGUGCUUCACUCCUCGAAGCGCGAUAAGUGAUCUCCCAUGUGAGGAAGAGGAUGACCAAAACAUUCAUGGAGACCAGAACGCGCAGAAGAAAAAUGAGCAAGCUUACCACAACAAUGUGGAGGAUGAUAAAGUUGAUCUUCAACCUGGUGCAAUGACUCCUGCUUUUUCGACCAGGGGUAGAAAAAGUGGGACAAUGACCCCAAAGGGUUACCAGGAAACGCCGAUGAUGUUCAGUCGUUGUUCAUCCAUGUGUUCCCUCAGCUCAUUUGAAGCUCCAUCUGUGCAAAGUCAAGUUGAAAGUGAACCUUCUCGAUUCUGCAGUGGUGUGAUCAGCCCAAGUGAAUUACCAGACAGCCCUGGUCAGUCAAUGCCAGUCAGCAGAAGUCGUUCUUAUAGCAAUCUUAAUGACGUUCUCAAAGACCCUAGUUAUAUUUCAAAGCCUUUACCCAACGCUCAACCAAAUGUUUCCAACAGCGAGCAAAAGGAAGAAAAGAAGCCUCAAAUCCUUCAACAGUUAAGUCGAGCGUCUGAACAUGUGAGAGCAGGUUAUGUGACAAGCUUGCCACAAAAUGACGAGAUUAAGUGCUACAACUCUGAGCCUGCCAUGUCAGACAUGACUGCUUUCAGUGGUCUCUCUAUUGGUGGAGACAAAGUUGCGCCUCUUGGCAUCCUAAAAACAUCUACUGACUCCUCACAUCCGGAGCUUGAAAAAGCUGGGAAUCGUUUCGUUACACAAGCCGGCUACAUCACUUCGCUCCCGACUGCUGAUGAGAUAAAAAACUACGGAUGUGAGGGGACUCUUUCCCCCAUGACCUCUUUGAGCGAGAUCAGCGUUCUUCGUGAUCAUAACGAGGGAUUCGUGAAGUCAACAUCCGGAGCAAGUCCACUCAAGUCACGUACCGGUUCCCACAAAUCAACCUCGCGAUCUUCCAACAUUGCUCAUCUCGCAUCGCUCCCAGAAUCCUCUCGUAGCUCCGGAACACACGCAUCUACAUCUUCCGGGAGCAAGUCCGAUCAUGCUCUUCCAGUUACUGACGAAAACGAUCAUCUUGAUAGGAUAGAUGACUUAGGUGAUGUGGAUGACCUGAGUGAUUCAGGAUCACUUGGGAGUCUCAGUGAUGGCGAGGAUCUUCUGCAAGCUUGCAUCCAGUCAGCAAUUCCGAAAAAAUCAUCUAGCAGGUCUUCAAGUACAAAGCCUUCCAGUCGUGGCAAGGAUAAAUCGAUGGGAAGAAAAGCUAACACGUCCAAACAUCCUGUCAAACCUGCUCCUAAGAAAGAAGAACCAAUCUCCAAGCAGUCUCCUCUCUCCCCUCCAGCCCAAGUCCGUCCUGUUCGCAAGUUUGACAUUGACAGUUCCCUUGCCGCGGCUGAGAAUAAGCUACAAGGCAUGCCCAUACUACAGUAUAUUGAGAAGAAAAUCUCAGAGGCCCCAGGUCUUAGUGAUGAAGAUAAGGAAACACACGCACAUCCAACCACUUCUAAUCCAUCCAAGUCCGAUACAUUAGAUGCAUCAGAUAUGACCUUGACUAGCCAGGAUAUAACUUUAAACCAGAGUGCUCUGGAUGCAUCUGACGCUGCUAGGAGAUCUAAAACAUGCAGAGAAGUGAUAAAGACUGUGGAGACGCUCAAUGAAAGCUACAGUGUCAAGAAACAGCUAAAAGUUUUCGAAAAACAGCGCACAGAUGUUACAACGCCCACUACAAGUCAGUCACCGUGUAACGUUGCAUCACGUUUGGUGCCUUUCCCUUCGAUGUCAAAUAAUGUCAAAGUCCAAGCUUUUCUCCAAAGUCGACCAAACACCUUCAUGACAGAAGGCACACCAGUUGAAAUGUCUUGCUCUACUUCGCUAAGCAACAUAACCAUCGAAUCAGGCAGUGAUAAUUACGAUUUCGCACAACUACAAAAACAAAUGGUUGAGCAACACCGAGAGCCACCACAGGAAAUGAAAUAUUCUACAACAACACAAUCAGAUAAACCAACAAUUCAAUCCAACAAUAAAAGUGAACAAAACAACACAGAUUUAUUCCAGCAUGCUGAAGUCCCAAACAACCCUACAUGCAGUAGCAGCCAAGAGAUAUUAAACAACCUAAACAAGCAGAUAGAGAGCCUUACUAUACAAAACACUGAGACCUGUACCUCGGGCACUGGAUAUGUGACUUCUCUUCCACACUCAGAUGAAAUUAAACAGUUUAAAACCGAAGGUUCCGUAGGUGCUUACACAAUAUUCAGUGCUUUGACCAUCGACAGUGAGACAAAGAUUGUUCCUAAAGGACCAGAAGCUCUUCCAGGGAGGACAAAUGAUGAGAGUCCUCCUAAAAGAAGUCCGACUCAAUCAAAGAUACCUGUGAGGACUCCUCCUCCAGUACUGAAGGAGGAGAAGUCCAGGAAGUCCUCUGAAUCAUCCCUGGAAGCAAAGGAAGAAGCAGCAUCUGCAUCUCAGCAUUAUGGGGAGGAUUUAAUUAAUGUUGUAAAGGAUAAUCCUCUCAAUUUCGGAGUUGAAGACACCCCGUUUCAUUUAUCGGGCAACAAUAGCUCUCUCAGUUCAAUAGAAAUCGACUCAGAUGGUGAAGGGAAUGAUUUGUUGAAUGCGUGUAUAUCAUCAGCCAUACCAAGUGCUACUUAUAAUAUGAACCCACCCCCUGAGCCUAUGCACAGUCAUUACAAUGAAAAUCAUCAUAGACCUUCCACUUUGCAAGCUGAUUCUACUUACCAAAGCAAUGCUAUAUGGGUUGAAAUGAACAAAGGUAUCCCACAAGGACAACACCUUCUUAAUGCCAUCAGCCCGCUCUCCUUGGUAUCUCUCACAUCACCAGACCCCACUAGUAACAGUUUCAGUAUAACUUCUGCAGGCACUGGCACUCAGACUAAUGAAGAUUAUUAUCGCCUCUCACGCCAGCCAUCUGUAGGGGAUUCAAUCGGUUCUGAGAUCUCUAUCGGCUCUCUUGUGCUCGGGGGAGACGCAAAGUCGCUCGUGAAGACGCAAAAUGCCGGGAGGCCGAAGAUUUCAAAAGGGAAGGAUGUUGAAAGAGUUUCCUCGGAUGACAAGCCUCCUGUUGUCAAGGGAGGCAAGAAGAUUUAUCGAAGUCCCAUCACAGGGAAGCCGAGAGAGAAUCUCAGAUACCCGAAUAAGCAUAAGGAUAAUACUUCCACUGGCUCCUCCAGUGCAAGGAUCAGGGAACAUCCGAGGAACAACAGGAACAGUGGGAGGAGUAAGAGUCCAUGUAAUAAAUGUCAUCCUCCGCAUCAAUCCCGGCAGCUCCCGAUCUCUUCUUCCAUGGGGAAGUUGGCGGAAACAUCUCCGGGAAGAUCUCAUCGGAAGACAAAUGCAUCUUCCACUUACUCCAAGCAGAUGCAGCCCACAUGUGGUGGGAAUCCUCAUGGGAAACCAUCCAGAUCGCGCAGUGCCCACGCAGGCUAUCAGUCCAGUGUAACACAGAUUUAUCCUCCUUUAAAACACGUCAACUCGAUCAUGUUGAAUGGUGUUGCAUCCAUGGCCGCCAGGGGUGACUUGGUGGUUCAGCAGCUUGAAGGUAAAACUGCUCAAGUGGUUCCUGCAUCUACAUUAGCUAACCAGUUCCAACAUGUAUCUCGACCGGUACUUAUCAAGCAGGGAACUUUUAUACAGGACGAACCAAGCCAAGCUCUGCUCCAGAGCAUGUCUAGAAAACCAGAAGUGCCGAAAAAGCCGGCUAAGUCACCGCCUAAGGCAGUUAAAUCAAAAAAACAGAGUGAACCGCAGCAGAAAAGCAAAACUUUAUGGAAAGGUUUGAAAAAGCUGCUUUCACCAAGCGAUGAGGCUAAGAAUAUUGUUCCAUCUCCCACCAGAAAGACGCCUAAGAAGCCCCAAGUUACAACAAGGGGCAAAGUGGUACAAAACCAAUCGGAUCGUGUAAUAGAAUCAGAAGACUCUAGCACUGGGUUUAACUCUGGGACUUGGACAAAAAGUAAAACUGGUUCCACAAGCUCCAGUCUACAGUCUAAGCAAGUGAGAAGAACACCUGAAAGACCACACCGCACACCGUCUAAUGCUGGUAGCCAGUCUUCUAGUUUAUCUUUAUCGAGUAGCAGCGCAAGUAAUGGUAGCAGUAGCUCAGUGGACGUGUACCAACAGCCAAGCACUCGAAUGAAUAUUUACCCAACAGCAAGAAACAUGAGCCCUGGAGCGCAUGUCCCGAAAUCUCCUUCUGCUAAAUCACGCAUCAUCGUCAACAGCAAAUCACCUGCUGAUAAAACAAACCAAGGUUGGCGGCGCACAGGGGACUCGCGCAUCCACAGUCGAAAGAUCAGCAUGGAGUCUUCUUCUUCUGCAACCUCCGCAGCAGGGAACAGAGCAAGUGGGAGGAAACACGGAUCACAAGCAUCGAUAGCUACAUCAUCUGACAAGAGAUCGGUUUCUGUGGCUUCAGGUCAGAGCCCAAGUGCACGGUUGUUUUAUGAGGUCGUCGAAAACCCGUCAAGACGAAAUCCGGGUGAGGGCGCCCUCCCCUUCCCGUCACCCGUGCGCCGUGUUGUCCAGGAGGUGGCGCCCUUUAACUACCGUCCAUACAGAAUAGGUGAGAGCGAGGAAGAGGAACCAAAUCACAAACUUGAUCUCACAAGAAAACAGACGACGGUUUAAAACGUACGUCGAAAUUGCUUAAUCUUAGACGUGUUGGUGCCAUAUCUGUUUCGGAUGUUUAGCAAAUUCUAUUAAUCGGCGGUACAUUUUUUAUUUUGUUGCUUUUUAUAUUUUGUUCUACUCAGUUUCUUGGUGCCAUCGCCAGUAUUCUUUCUCUUUUUUCGUUUCUUUUCUUGAACUGCCCCUAUUUUCACUGCUAUCAAGGCGUGGUGCUUGUCUGUCGCCCCUAACCGCUGCUGAAUCCGUGUGAAAACAGCAAACUAACUUUCUCCGAGUCAACCCACCGAAUGUUAAACAGAUUUUAUAUUUCGGUUCACCAGCUGUCCCAAACUACCAUUUUAUCUCACGCGCUUCCCCCUUCAAGUAUGACGUCAUUGCUCGUGACGUGUUGUUUUAUGACGUCAUAAAUCUCUUUGAAGAUCCCCGCGCCGGAUACAACUCGUGCAGUUUAAAUAUAAACCGGCCCUGACGCUCGUAAAGAUUCACUUUUGUUUUGCAAUUGAAAUAUCAAGACACGAAACUUCGUUUUAAGGUCUAGAAAUUCUUUAUCGUUUCUUCUUUUACGUUAAAUAAAUCAAAUUUAUCAUGACAGAA